AUGCAAGCUCUGGAUAAGAAAAAAGUAUACUAUUUUAAGCGUGCGGAUAAUUUGGAUAAAGUAUUUCCAGGCGAUGUACUUGGAUUUGUGGAAGAAAAUAGUUUGAUUACUUUAAAAAUUCUUGUGCCUCCACACAUAUCUGGAAGAGUGCUAUAUUUUGCAGAAUCAGGUGAAUAUACACUUGAGGAUGUGAUUUGUGAAGUAGAAACAAAUAAAGGAUUGGAAAAGGUAUAUAUGUAUCACAACUGGCCCGUUAGAAUUCCAAGACCAAUCAAAGAAAAACUUUCUCCAGAAAAUCAGCUCUAUACUGGGCUUAGAGUAUUAGAUUCACUAUUUCCUUGUGUUCAGGGCGGCACGACUGCUAUUCCAGGUGCAUUCGGGUGUGGUAAAACUGUAAUAUCUCAGUCGCUAUCAAAAUAUUCAAAUUCUGACGUUAUUGUUUAUGUUGGUUGUGGAGAACGAGGGAAUGAAAUGAGUGAAGUUUUGAUGGAUUUUCCGAAGUUAAAAUUGGAAGGUAGUGGUGAAAGCAUCAUGAAAAGGACUGUUCUUAUUGCAAAUACUUCAAAUAUGCCAGUUGCAGCGAGAGAAGCAUCGAUAUACACGGGUAUAACACUUUCGGAGUAUUUUAGGGAUCAGGGAAUGAAUGUGUCAAUGAUGGCAGAUUCAAGUUCUCGUUGGGCAGAGGCUCUAAGAGAAAUUUCGGGUCGACUAGCCGAGAUGCCAGCAGACUGUGGAUAUCCAGCAUAUCUUGGAGCUAGACUUUCGCUAUUUUAUGAAAGAGCUGGUCAUGUACAGUGUUUAGGAAAUCCAAACAGAAAAGGAUCUGUGAGUAUAAUUGGUGCAGUGUCACCGCCAGGAGGUGAUUUUUCUGAUCCGAUUACUACCGCAACGCUUGGAAUAGUACAGGUAUUCUGGGGACUUGAUAAAAAGCUUGCACAGAGAAAGCAUUUUCCUUCAAUCGAUAUAAAUGUUAGUUAUUCUAAAUACCUAACACAACUAUGGCAAAAAGAAUCGAAAGAUGAUCAAGAAUAUACAAAAAGUGUUGUGAAAACCAGAGAAAUUUUACAAUUUGAAAAGGAUAUAGAAGAGAUUGUUCAGCUUAUUGGAAGAAACACGCUUUCAGAAUAUGAAAAAAUGGUACUUGAUGUUUCCAAGAUGAUAAGAGAAGAUUUUUUACAACAAAACAGUUAUUCAAGUCAUGAUAAAUACUGUCCGAUUAGUAAAACAAAACAAAUGUUGAAAAAUAUUAUUUUAUUUUAUGAAAAAUGCACUGAUUUCUUACAAUCAAACCUCAAAUCAUGGGAGGAACUCAAAAAAGAUGUAUCUGGUAUAUAUUAUGAUCUAGUACAAAUGAAGUUUAUUGCAGUUAAUGAAGAAAUGCUGAGUAAUCUUGCAUCAAUACAAAACAAAAUACUGGAAUAUUUUAAAUAA